ACAGGGAGGAACUCAGCUGGGUAACAAUGAAUGAGCUGGAAGAUGUCAGCCUUCACAUCCAGGACAGGAUCUCCUCCUUACAUCGCAUGCUGGAUCUGUCUGCUGUUGAAUUGCCUCAAAAUAAGAUGAAGAAGCUUGGACAAGAACUCUUUGUACUGGAGGGACUUCUGGAGGACUUUGAGAAGUGUGUUGGUCAACAGAGAGAGCAGCUGAAGCAUCUGAAGGAACUUGAGAAGUCUCUCCAGAAGGAUUUGGAGGACGUCCAGCACAUUAAGGACAACGUACCUGCACACAUGCCCCGGAAGAAAGAGCCAGCAAAUGGAAGUCAGCCUGUGAAGAACCAGAGAGAAGGUGUAGAUGUUCCGCCAGCCCAGCCGGAAAAUGUCAAGAAGACCAACAGGAGCGUCAUCAGAGAGCUGGAGCUCAUCACUAUGCCAGAGUUUCAGAGCAUCCCUCAGUACAUGAAAGGACGUGCAUCGUAUGAACAACUUAAUGCCGCGGUGCAGAGCAUUAACACAGCGACAGCAGCCAAGUACAAGAUCUUCCGUCAGCCGCUGAAAACUCUCAACAAUCACACACGCAAGCUGCACCAGCGCUUCAAGGACCAGGAGACAAAAGAGACAAAAGGUCACUAUUUUGUGGUGGAGGAUGACAUUCGUGAAUUUACUCAGAUGAAGGUGGACAAACGAUUUCAAGGGAUUCUGAACAUGCUGCGGCACUGCCAGCGGCUUCGGGAGCUUCGAGGGGGGGGCGUCGUCCGAUACAUGUUGUUAUGAACCAACACGACUUCAUCCCUGGAAUUUGUGCUUUCACUUAGGUCGUUUGUUUUCUUGUUUUUAUUACGGUGUAGGUCAUCAGAGUUUGUGAGAAUAAAAUAUGUCCUGGUUAAUUGUUGUCCCAGUAGUUGAUGCCAGUUUCUGCACCCUGUCGAACACUACACAUGCUGUUUUUGAUUUGUCAGAUAUUUGGCCUCAUUGCUUAAAUUAUAUUCUAUAUUCAGCACAUCUCUCUGAUCAGAAAGUAGCAAAUGUGUCCGUUACAGAAUGUGAGCCCACAUGUACACAUUUAAAGAUUUACCCAUGGAUAUGCUUUAAUGUGCCACCUGUACGUGCACAUAAUACUGGAAUAUGUAUACAUGUUUCUAUGUUGUGGUAUAAAUGUCUAUAAAGACUUUUCCAUGUUUAGACAU